GUUGUUAAAAAAUGCAAGAAGUGACAGAGGAAAAAGAAGUAGGCUGACCACACAAAUUACGAUUGUAGAAUCCCCACCGAUUAAAGCAAGCAAAACGCAAGUCAUGGCCACUGGAAUAACCACCAAGGAACGCCUGGAGAGGCUGAUGGCCGCCAAAACGCAGCUGGAGGCUCAAAUCAGUAGAAAUGGACAGAUUUUGGCUGCAAACGACAACGUUGGCAUGACCGGUCCCUUGAUCGACGCCGAGGGGUUCCCGCGCAACGACAUCGACGUCUACCAGGUGCGCCAGGCCCGCCAGACGAUAAUUUGCCUGCAGAACGAUCACAAGGAGCUGAUGAACCAAAUCCAGAACCUGCUCAACCAGUACCACAGUGAGAUCGCCACCACCGACCCCGAGUUGGUGAAUCGUGCCUCCGCCUUGGAACUGGACAGCGACAGAGCGUUUGGUGGAUCCAUUGUUGCUCCCGAUGUUCGCCCCAUGGCUGUGGUCAAUCUAGUCAGCCCUAAUUCCCCGGCUGAAGAGGCGGGCUUGCGUGUGGGCGACAGCAUCUGCCGCUUCGGCUCUGUUAACAGCAACAACUUCAAGGGGGAUCUCGGCCAGAUUGGCGAGAUUGUCAGAAACAUGCAGAACCAGAAUGUCCAGCUCAAAGUCAAGCGCGGCGAGCAGCUGAUGGAUCUACUGCUGGUGCCAAAGGCAUGGAGUGGACGCGGCCUGCUGGGCUGUAACAUUGUGCUGCCCCCAGAGUCCAUGGAGCACUAAUUUAUUAUUUAAGCCUGCAUGCAUAUACAUUUGAUGCAUUUAAUUAUUAAUUCAUGGCCAGGCCACAAGAACAUUAUUUGUACUAAAUUGUAAAAAUUGAUUUAGCUUCAUUUCCCAAGCAAUCUGCGCUCAUUUCGAGUGACGGACGUCCCUGGCUUCUGGGUCACUGUGCCAUUAGGUGGGAUGGUCAAGGCGAAAGACUGACGACAGCAUGAAUAUAAAUGGCCCUAAUUCAGGUGGAGCAGUGAUGGUUAAUUAAUGCACA